AUGUUCUCUCAAAAAUCCGGUGCAGUUGGAAGUUCAUCAUGUUGGACUGUCACUGAUGUUGAAGACGUUAUGAGAUCGCUCGCCCGAGUCAGAACGUCAUAUGAUGUACCAAACUUUGAUGUCGAUAGUAGCAACGAAGAUCCAGCACCAGAUGGUGGAAGUGAUUUCGACUUUAAAUUAGAUGAGGAUCUCAAGUGGAAAAAGAAUUGUUUGAUGAAUACAACGGAGACAUAUACUAUGGAAAAAUUCGCAUAG